AUGUCUACCACAACAGCCACUCAGAAAGCGCUCGUCCUGCCUGCCCCUGGUAAGAAAUACAUCGUAGGCGAGACGGCCAUCCCUCGUCCUGGCCCCAACGACAUUUUGGUCAAACUCCAUGCUGUCGGACUGAACCCCGUCGACUGGAAGGUCGCCUUGCCGGAAUUCGCCUCUCUCGGGCUUGUCCCUGAGUAUCCAUUCACCCCAGGGAGCGACGGCGCGGGCGUCGUGGUCGAAGUGGGCACCAACGUUUCGAACUUCAAGAAAGGCGACCGUGUCCUCUUCCAAGGCGCACGACCUAUGAAGGCUGGAUACGGCACGUUCCAGGAGAACAGUCUCGUCCAAGCUACGCUCGCUGCAAAGAUUCCUGAGAAUAUUGGCUUCGAGUCGGCGGCUACGGUCACGUCGGCCCUUGUCACCUCGUUUCUGGCGCUGUACAAUCAGCAGAGUGAGCAGGAAAGCUUGCGCUUGAAGCCUUUCUGGAAAGACGGCGGAAGCACCGCUUACGCCGGGAAGCCCAUUUUCAUACUCGGCGGCGCGACCUCCCUUGGGCAGUCCGCCAUCCAGCUCGCGAAGCUUUCCGGGUUCUCCCCGAUCAUAACCACGGCGUCCUCACGUAACACGAGCCUGCUCACGUCUCUCGGAGCGACUCACGUUGUGGAUCGGACACUCCCGGCCGACGCGAUUCUGGCGGAACUGCCGAAGCUCACGGGCGGGAAACCACUCGAGGUCGUCUUCGACGGCGUUUCGGAGCCCAGUACGCAGGUCCUCGCGUACAGGGCUGUUCCACCCGGCGGGAAUCUGGUGCUCGUCUUGCCCGACGUCAUCCCGGCCGAGCUCAAGAAGGACGGAGAGCAGAAGCAUAUCGUGAUGGUACGCGGCAGCAUUUCCUUCCCGCAUACCCAAGCUGCCGGAUUGGAGCUCUUCGAGCACUUGACGGAGUGGCUGGAGAAGGGGCUCAUUAAACCGAACGCAGUCGAGAUCGUCCCCAACGGACUUGCGGGCAUACCUGCGGGCCUAGAACGCCUAAAGAACAACGAGGUCAGCGCGAAGAAGCUGGUUGCGCGUCCUCAGGAAACUCCUUGA